CCAUUAGUGCAGAGUGAACUACAUGUAGUCGUCCUACUCACGGUGGCAAGACGUUACAUUUGAAAUUUAACCGUUGAUUUUGAAUAAUAACGGCGUUUAGAGAUGGUUGAGAUGGAAGUGGACCCGUUUGAAGAGCCAGUGGAGUGGUCCUACCUCCCCGCGGAGAUUGUGGUGCAGGUGUUCUCGUAUUUAAAUGAGCAGGACCGGGCGAACGCGGCGAUCACGUGCAGCCGCUGGCACGGUCUCCACUCCCACCCGUCACUGUGGAGGCACCGCUCCUUCAACCUCGGAAACACUGCAGAAUUUCACAGAACCUGUGACAUGCUGAGGCAGUAUCCACUGAAGCUGGCAUUUUAUCUGAAAUCGUUCGAGGCAGAGUACCCGGAAAUCGCUAGGGGCGCUCAUAGGAUGCACCAUUGCAAGAGAAUACAGAAAACCAUGACCACCUUCCUGUCACGACUCAGGGGCAAGGCACAACUGCGCACGCUCAAACUACGUCACUUCGAGCUGCACCGACGGACGUGGCAAAACAGGAGUGCAGACCUGGUACGGUCCAUCGCGUGGUUCCUGCGCAGUCAGGGCCGACUCCGCUGGGUGGAGCUGCAGGGCAUGUCCGCUACACCAGAGCACGGACUGCGCAUGUUCAGUAGUCUGAGCAGGCGCAGUGGGGCCAACAUUCGAUUUCUCAACAUACAGGACUUCUUCUGUACAGCCCAAGCAAUCUACGCGCUACCGGAGUUCCAUCAGCUGUUCAAGCGGUUUCGCCACCUGUCGGUUCUGUACCUGAACUACAACUGCGUGUCCGACGAGCUCCUGACGACUCUGGCUGAAACGUGCGCGGGAAGUCUCACUGAUAUGAACAUCAAGGUGUUCCAUAUGGAUCCGCACUUCCAGCGCAUCUGGAGCAUGUCGUGGCACGCCCUCCGCAGCGCAUGCCCGAAGCUGCAGGUCACAUUUACCUUCGAGCGCGUGCUGCUCUACCAGGACGUGAAACAGUGCCUCCUUCCCGACAUGCCGCUCACCAACCUGGAGGUACGACUGUAAACAACUUUUUCGAAA